AAUCCUCAUCCGUGCAAAUAAAAUCCACACGCACUAACUUGAAGAGAAGAAGAACGAAGAAGAAACUGCGUCGUGUGUUUGUUCUCUCUCUCUCUGAGUGAGUCUCAGUUUUUGUGAAAUAAUAAAACCGUCUUUCUUUUUCCGUUUGUAGUGUGUAAUAUUUCCUAAACGACGUCGUUUUCACUAUUCUAUUAGUUAACUUUGACGAAACCCAUAACCAUAACCCAUUGAAUUGAAAUUGAAUUGAAUCGUUUAAGAAAGAGUAAUAAUGGAAGCACGAGGUCGUUCCGUUGAAGAAAUUUUUGAGGAUUUCAAAAGCCGAAGAGCUGGCAUCAUCAAAGCCCUUACCCUAGAUGUUGAAGAUUUCUACAGACAAUGUGAUCCUGAGAAGGAGAAUUUGUGUUUAUAUGGGUUACUUAAUGAGAAGUGGGAAGUGAAUUUACCUGUUGAAGAAGUUCCACCAGAGCUUCCUGAGCCUGUGCUAGGUAUCAACUUUGCUAGGGAUGGCAUGCAAGAAAAAGAUUGGUUAUCUUUAGUUGCUGUUCAUAGUGAUACAUGGUUACUUUCCCUUGCAUUCUAUUUUGGAGCCAGAUUUGGGUUUGAUAAAGCUGACAGGAAACGUCUAUUCAAUAUGAUUAAUGAACUACCAACAGUAUUUGAAGUUGUUACUGGUGCAAAUACAACAAAGAAACAAGUGAAAGAGAAGUCUUCAGUUUCAAACAACAGUGGCAGCAAAUCUAAGUCCAGUUCUAAAGCGCGGGCUCCUGAAACUCAGAGCAGACAACCAAAGGCAUUACAAUCAAAAGACGAGGACGAAGAACUUGAAGAACAAGAGGAUGAUGAACAUGGAGAUGCCUUGUGUGGGGCUUGUGGUGAUAACUAUGGUGCUGACGAGUUCUGGAUUUGCUGUGACAUUUGUGAGAAGUGGUUCCAUGGCAAAUGUGUGAAGAUCACUCCUGCACGGGCAGAGCAUAUCAAGCAAUACAAGUGCCCGUCAUGCAGUAACAAGAGAGCUCGCUAGCUAAUUUCAAUCACAGACAAACUUCGUUGGAAUCUAUACUGAUCUGGUUAAUAUGCUUUACUUUCUAGAUGCAGUUAUGGACAGUUUUUAUCAAGUUUAAGACAUAGGUUUCUUUUGUAGUCUGUAGGAUUUGUGCCUGUGUCGGUCAAGUAAUUUGAUGCUUGUCUUCUUUGGUAUAUGUAUGUAACCGUCGUUGAAACAUUGUUGACUGGGAAAAGCAAACCAAAAUUCCUGGCCACCUUAAUGUUAUGGAAACCAAAGUAAAACGAUAUUUGCACUAAAUGAAUUAAUAACAGGUGAUGGUUUAUCCAA